AUGGCUUCGAAGUUCAGUGAAUACAUUCAACGAAAAGAUAAUUCGGUUGAAGUUAAUCUUUGUGACAAAAGUUUGAAGUUUUCAAAAUGGAAAAGGGGAUUAAUCGUUAUGCGUGACGAACAGUAUGAUUCCGAAUUGUACAUCGAUAGCGGUUGUAUUCGUCACAUGACUGGGAAGAAAGAAGAACUAAGAGAUUUUCGAUCUUUAAAAUAUGGUGGAAGAGUGAAGUUUGGAAACAAAGCUACUGGAGAGAUAAAAGGAUCUGGAAUCAUAACGAAUGUAGAAUUUUCAAUUCGGAAGGUAGCAUAUGUUGAAGGCUUGCAACACAAUCUAAUAAGUAUUUCGCAAUUGGUUGUUGGUACAGGUCUAAAGGUGUCUUUUGAUGAAGAAGGUUCCGAAAUCAUAGAGAAGAAAACAAAAGCGGUUCUUCUAAAGUCAAAAAGGAAAUACAAAUCCGAAGCAACUCAGAAGCUGAUAAAUUUUAGCAACCAGAUUGAGCUCCAAUUACGAAAGCAUGUUCGGAAAAUUCGUAGUGAAAACGGUUUGGAAUUCAAAAAUCAUACAGUUGAAGAACUUUUAACUGGCAAAGGGAUUUCUCACAACUUCUCGUCGCCUUACACUCCACAGUAG